AACACCCUCUCUCGUCUUCCUCACAACAAAACCAAAUCAAAUCUCUCACAAGUCAAAACUCAAGCUCCAUAUUUCUUUUUUCUCUUUACACCUCUGAAUUCAUUUCUUCUCACAUGGACGAGAUCGACGUGCCUCCUUUCUUCGUAUGCCCUAUCUCAUUAGAGCUCAUGAAGGACCCCGUUACGGUCUCCACCGGCAUCACCUACGACCGCCACAGCAUCGAGAAGUGGCUCUUCGCCGCCGUGCCGAAGAACAACACGUGUCCCGUCACGAAGCAGCCCCUCCUCCCGGACCUCACUCCCAACCACACGCUCCGCAGGCUCAUCCAAGCCUGGUGCACCGUCAACGCUUCUCACGGCGUCCAGAGAAUCCCCACGCCAAAACCUCCCGUCGACAAAACCCUCAUCGAGAAGCUCCUCCGCGACGCCUCGGCUUCCGAUUCCCCGAGCCUCCAGCUCCGGUCCCUCCGAACCCUCAAGUCCAUCGCCUCGGAAUCCCAAUCAAACAAACGCUGCAUCGAAUCCGCCAAAGACGCAGUUAGUUUCUUAGCAUCAUUUAUAACCACCACUGUCACCGUCACCACUACCACCGUACUCCUCGAUGACGUCGAGUUGGAAAUAAAAACAAGUAUAGCCCACGAAGCAUUGAGCCUUUUACACAGCAUUCAGCUGUCAGAAUCCGGUUUAAAGGCUCUGAUGAACCAUCCAGAGUUUAUAAACUCUCUAACCAAAAUCAUGCAGAGUGGAAUCUACGAGUCACGCGCCUACGCGGUUUUCUUGCUGAAUUCCUUAUCCGAAGUGGCGGAUCCGGCGCUGUUGGUUAACCUAAAAAUUGAUUUGUUCACUGAACUGGUUCAAGUUCUUAAGGAUCAGGUUUCGGAGAAGGCCUCGAAGGCGACGCUGAGAGCAUUGAUCCAGGUGUGUCCGUGGGGGAGGAAUAGGGUGAAGGCGGUGGAGGCCGGAGCAGUGCCGGUUCUGGUGGAGCUUCUUCUCGAAUGCAAGGAGAGAAAACCAAUUGAAAUGAUGCUUGUUUUGUUGGAGAUUUUAUGUCAGAGUGCUGAUGGAAGGGCUGGUUUGUUGGCCCACGCGGCGGGGGUGGCGAUAGUGGCGAAGAAGAUUCUGAGGGUGUCCACGAUGGCCAACGAUAGGGCGGCGAAGAUUCUGCUUUCGGUGUGCAGAUUCUCUGCCACCCACGGCGUGGUGCAGGAGAUGCUGCAGCUUGGGGUGGUGGCGAAGAUGUGUUUGGUGCUGCAAGUGGAUAGUGGGAACAAAGCGAAAGAGAAGGCUAGGGAGAUUCUGAAAUUGCAUGCUAGGGCUUGGAGGAACUCGCCUUGCAUACCUCACAAUUUGCUUGCUUCGUUUCCAAUGAGUUCCUGAAAGAAAAGAAAAACGACUUUCUUUUGUUCGAGACACGUUUCGAUACUAAGUGUAAUUGUUACUUUGGCUGAAAAUUUCAGAUCUUGAUUCGCGGACGUUGUGGGAAACUACUUCCUUAUGCGAGGCCUAGUUUGCGGUGAAAGGAAACCCAAAUUAAAUCACAGUUUUGAGUUUUCAAUUUCCUAGCUAGCUAGCUUCUUUGCUCGAUUCUUGUUUCUUGUUUCUUGUUUUGGAUUUUGGUGUACAGAAUUGUUUGGGAUCGGAGCAGAGGAUAGGUGUGGGCUUCAAAUGUUGCCCGAAACAAAUUCGAAAUUUACUGUGAAUUGCAUGUAGUUAAUGGAAUACUGACACAAACUCAUUUCAUCAUAUAUACUGAGUUUUUUUUUUGGUGUA